UGUCAUGCACUGUGCAUCUCAAUAGAAGAGAAAGCAGACCAGCUGGAGCCUCCUGAAUCUCCUUCCUGAAAAUAACACAGAGUUGAGCAGGGAGGCCCUGCAGCGUGGAUCCAUCCAGUGGCUGAACACUGAGAAGGAAUGGGUAUUUGAGAUGUCCGGACCCCUGAAUCUGAACGGGGAAAUUCCCAAGUAUAAAGGAGACGCGGGAUACCAGGAAGAGGCUCUGCCUAGAGAAGCCGGCAGCCGCGAUGGCGGCGUCCGUCCCUACCCAGAGAUCCCCACAGGGCGCGCUUGUCCGGGUGCCCUGUUGAAAUGGCAACCUGAGACUUCAGAGGGCUGAACUCGAGACUGAAAGAUACUGGAGUAUCUGAAAGGGUGUCACUGAAUGUUCCUUCAAAUGUGGUUGAAGGAUCUCCCAGGGCAACAUAUUCAGUUUUGGGUGAUAUACUAGGCUCUGUGGUACAAAACCUUCAGAACCUUCUCCAGAUGCCCUAUGGUUGUGGAGAGCAGAAUAUGGUCCUUUUUGUUUCCAACAUUUAUGUUCUGAACUGAGUACAACACAACAGCUGACAGAGGAGAUCAAGGCCAAAGCGAUCAACUACCUCAUCAAUGGCUCACUGAAUUUGUGCUCAAGUCCUUUGCCCAAGCCCGAGCGUACAUCUCUGUGGAUGACUCACACCUUGGGGAUACCUUCAUGUGGCUCUCAGAGAGACAAAAGGAAAAUGGCUGUUUCCAAUACUCUGGAUCACUGCUGAACAAUGCUAUUAUGGUGAUGCCUUCUCUAUUUCUGUUCUGGUCCCUGAAGAUAGCGAUAUGUGGGAGGAAACAACAUCUGAAUUGAGUCCUCCAGUCUUACCGACAUAGAUUUCAGGAAGAAUGGUGGACUCUAAAUCUCCUGCAAUCUAGCAGUACCUUAGUAAUUUUAUAUUAAAUGAAAAUAGUGUUCAAAAAAACUCCAAAGCCAAACACAUUAUAAAAAGUGAAGGCUGGGUGCGGUGGCUCAAGUCUGUAAUGCCAGCACUUUGGGAGGCUGAAGCUGGCAGAUCACGAGGUCAAGAGAUCAAAACCAUCCUGGCCAACAUGGUAAAACCCCAUCUCUACUAAAAAUACAAAAAUUAGCUGGGCAUGGCAGCAUGCACCUGUAGUCUCAGCUACUUGGGAGGCUGAGGCAAGAGAAUUGCUUGAACCCAGGAGGUGGAGGUUGCAGUGAGCCAAGAUUGUGCCACUGCACUCCAGCCUGUUGCCUGGCGACAGAGUGAGACUCUGUCUCAAAAAAAAAAAAGUGAGGAUUUUAGGGUAGAGGAGGAAGAGGAGAAAAUCAACUCAAGAAUUUUAGGGUAGAGGAGGAAGAGGAGAAAAUUAACAUUCUAGCACAAGACACGAAAUCAUCUAGCGAAGAUGUCAAAGGAAAAGGAAGUUUUAGCAGAUGCUGCCUCAUGACUGUUGAAGUGUUUGAGUCUCUCUGCCUCUGAUCCCUACAGGGUGAGGUGGACGAUGAGGUGACACUCUUUGCCUACAUCACCAUUGCUCUGCUGGAGAUGACACUGCCUGCCAUGAGCCCAAGUGUCAGUAGGGGCCCAAGUAUUCUGCCUUGAAACGGCCUGGAGAUCCACCGCAGAGGCCCAAGGAAGUCUCAUCUACACCAAAGCAUUAUUGGCCUAUGCCUUUGCCCUAGCAGGAAACCAGGUCAAGCGAAGAGAGCUGCUUGAAUCAUUAAACAGAGAGGCUGUGAAAGAAGUAUUCAAUCCACUGGCAACAUCCUGGGAAACUUCGAGAAGCUGAGACACUCUUCUCAAUUCUGGGCUCCCUCUAUGGAAGUGGAGAUGGCAUCUUAUGUGCUCCUUGCCUAUGUUACUGUCCAGCCUGCCCCAUCUUCAGAGGACCUGUCUGUGGCAUCACGUAUUGUGAAGUGGAUUACCAAGCAGCAAAACCCCCAUGGGGGCUUCUCCUCCACUCAGGAUACAGUGGUGGCUCUUCAAGCCCUCUCUGAAUAUGGAAAAGCAACUUUCACCAACAGUGAGAAAACAGCUUUGGUUACUGUCAAAUCUUCAGAUACCUUCUCUAAAGACUUCCAAGUGGAUGAUGCCAACCACCUGCUGCUGCAGGAGGUCCAGCUGCUGAAGGUUCCAGGGGAGUACACCACAACUGUGUCAGGGUCAGGAUGUGUGUACCUCCAGACAUCCCUGAGAUAUAACAUCCGACCCAAGAAAAAAGAGAAAGAACCCUUCACUCUGCAGGUUAAUACGCUCCCCAAGAAUUGUAAUGAAGUGGAUGCUCGCAGAAAGUUCCAGAUUCACAUCAACAUUAGCUAUACUGGGGACCGACCCAGCUCCAACAUGGUCAUUGUUGAUGUGAAGAUGGUAUCAGGCUUCAUUCCUAUAAAACAAUCAGUUAAACAGCUCCAGACACAGCCUCAGAUUCAGAGGACCGAAGUAAGCACCAACCAUGUCCUAAUCUACUUUGAAAAGCUAACCAAUCAAAACCGGCAUUUUUCCUUCUUGGUGGAACAAGGUAUCCAAGUAAAGAAUUUAAAAACAGCUAUGGUAAAAAGCCUAUGAUUAUUAUGAGACAGAUGAAUUCACCUUUGAAGAAUACAAUGCCCCUUGCAGUGCUGAGUCUCAACAAGGAAAUGCUUGAAAACAGGAACUUAUGGACCUCAUCAGAUGAACUUCUUCAGAAAUGAAGAAGAGACUUACUGAGAGAGGACAGUAAGAGAAAGAAGGGAAUAUCAUUGGAAAUGUAUAAAAUUUGUGUGUUGAAUAAAUUUAUGGCAUUUAUAA